GGGAGGCAGCCGCGGGAUAGUCUGCUGAUUGAUUUGCCUUGAGUGCGUGCCCAGGACCAUCUACUUAGACCAGAGGCAGCCACGAGGCCCAGAGGAAGCUGGUGGCACCGAGGACUGGCACCGGCGCUUGAGUUCCGCUGGCGGGAAGCACCCAGGAUUGGGGAAGCCCCAAGAGCUACUUUAGCAGCGCUUCCCUUACCCAAGGGGCCGCUGCGACGGUCACGGGGUGCGGCGCCACCGCCCACAACCCAGGCCGGGAAUCCAAACAGGCAGCCCAGACUCCUCCUCCGUCCAGCCGCUCACCUGUGGGCAGCGCUGCGCAGCCUCCCAGGGUAGAGACAACACCUGCGCCGCCUUGCUCCGGGUCUCCGCCCCUCGUUCCCGGUGGGGCGCUGGGCCUCGGAGGCGCACCUGGACGCGCAGGGCUGUGGAGCGAAGGCUCCGGGGGUGCGGCGUGCUCGCUGAAGCCCGGGAGGACACAGGUGGAAGGGGCGCGGCUUCCUGGAUCCCAGAGCGGCAGCCACCAAGUCCCUACGGCCACCAGAUCUUAGGGACCCGGUCACCUGCGUCCGAGAGGAGCCGCCGCUGGCUGGGCACCAUGAACAACAGCAGCGCCAAUAUCACCUACGCCAGUCGUAAGCGGCGGAAGCCGGUACAGAAAACUGUCAAGCCAAUCCCUGCUGAAGGAAUCAAAUCAAAUCCUUCCAAGCGACAUAGAGACCGACUUAAUACAGAGCUAGACCGACUGGCUAGCUUGUUGCCUUUUCCACAAGAUGUUAUUAAUAAGCUGGACAAACUCUCGGUUCUUAGACUCAGUGUCAGUUACCUGAGAGCCAAGAGCUUCUUUGAUGUUGCAUUAAAAUCCCCUCCAACUGACAGAAAUGGUGUCCAGAAUAACUGUCAAACAAAAUUGAGGGAGGACCUGACUUUACAAGAAGGAGAAUUCUUAUUACAGGCUUUGAAUGGCUUUGUGUUGGUUGUCACUACAGAUGCUUUGGUCUUUUAUGCAUCUUCUACUAUCCAGGAUUAUCUGGGCUUUCAGCAGUCUGAUGUCAUACAUCAGAGCGUGUAUGAACUUAUCCAUACUGAAGACCGAGCUGAGUUUCAACGUCAGUUACAUUGGGCAUUAAACCCCUCACAGGGUACAGACUCUGGACAAAGAAUUGAUGAAGGUAAUGGUCUCCAACAGCCAGCAGUCUACUUUAAUCCAGACCAGCUUCCUCCAGAAAACUCAUCAUUUAUGGAAAGGUGCUUCGUAUGCCGUCUAAGGUGUCUGCUAGAUAAUUCAUCUGGUUUUCUGGCAAUGAACUUCCAGGGGAGGCUAAAAUACCUUCAUGGACAGAACAAAAAAGGAAAAGAUGGAUCAGUGCUCCCACCUCAGUUAGCUUUGUUUGCAAUAGCUACUCCACUUCAGCCACCAUCCAUACUGGAAAUCCGGACCAAAAACUUCAUCUUCAGAACCAAACACAAACUAGACUUUACACCUACUGGUUGUGAUGCCAAAGGAACAAUUGUCUUGGGUUAUACUGAAACUGAGCUUUGCAUGAGAGGAUCAGGAUACCAAUUUAUUCAUGCUGCUGAUAUGCUUUAUUGUGCUGAUUGUCACAUCCGGAUGAUUAAAACUGGAGAAAGCGGUAUGACAGUUUUCAGGCUUCUCACCAAGGACAACCGAUGGACAUGGGUGCAAUCUAAUGCUCGCUUAGUUUACAAAAACGGGCGCCCUGACUAUAUCAUUGCAACGCAGAGACCUCUGACAGAUGAAGAAGGCACAGAACAUUUACGAAAACGGAAUCUAAAGCUGCCUUUUAUGUUCGCCACUGGAGAAGCUGUGCUGUAUGAGUUAACAAGCCCUUUUCAUGCCAUGCUGGAGCCUGUAAGGGGAAAAAAUGGUGCUAGAAGAGAUUCUGCAACCAAAUCAACUCUAAAUAAAGAUUCUCUAAAUCCCAGUUCAAUCUUUGCUGCCAUGAUGCAACAGGAUGAAUCUAUUUAUCUCUACCGUACUUCAAAUAAUGCACCUUUUGAAAGAAAUUUAUUUACUGAAUCUCUGAAUGAACACAGUAAUUGGCAAGCAAGUAUUGAACCAAAAGGAAAUGGUAAUAUCCUGAAACAUGAGCAAAUCGGUCAGUCUCAGGAAAUGAACCCAACACUCUCUGGAGGUCAUGCUGGGCUUUGUCCAGAUAAUAAAAAUGGUGACUUGUAUAACAUUAUGAAACACCUAGGCAUUGAUUUUGAAGAUAUCAAGCACAUGCAAGAGGAUGAAGAAUUUUUCAGACCUGACUUUUCUAGUGAGGAAGAUUUCAGAAAUAUUGAUGUAGAUGAAAUCCUGACCUAUGUCCAGGAUUCCUUAAAUAAGUCUCCUACCUUCAUGUGUCCGGGUUACCAACAGCAACAGUCCAUGGUUCUGAACUCAAGUUGUAUGGUGCAGGAGCACUUACAGGCGGAGCAGCAGCAUCAAAAGCAGGUAGCGGUGGAGCAACAGCAACUGUGUCAGAAAAUGAAGCAUAUGCAAGUUAAUGGCAUGUUUGCAAAUUGGAACUCAAACCAGUCUGUGCCUUUUGGUUGUUCUCAGCAAGACUUACCACAGUGUGAUGUCUUUGCAGAUUUAUCUGGGGCCAAUCAAGAGUUUCCAUACAAAUCUGAGAUGGAUAGUAUGCCUUAUACCCAGAACUUUAUUCCCUACAAUCAGCCUGUGUUAUCUCAGCAUUCCAAGGGUACACAGUUAGAUUUUCCUGUAGGGAAUUUUGAAACAUCUUCAUAUCCCACUACAAAUUUAGAAGAUUUUGUCACAUGUUUACAAGUUCCUGAAAACCAAAAACAUGAACUAAAUCCACAGGCGACCAUGGUAACUCCUCAGACAUGUUAUGCUGGAGCUGUGUCAAUGUAUCAGUGCCAGUCAGAACCUCAGCACAGCCGUGUGCCUCAGAUACAGUACAGCCCAGCCCUGCCCGGUCCACAGGCAUUUUUAGACAAGUUUCAGAAUGGAAGCAUUUUAAACGAAACCUACCCAGCUGAAUUAAAUAACCCUCAGGCUACACCACAUCUUCAACCCCUUCAUCCUUCAGAAGCCAGACCUUUUCCUGAUUUGACAUCGGGUGGAUUCCUGUAAUACUUGGAGCCCUGAUUUUCAGUAAGUUAGUUUGCUGAAGAAUAAGUAAACUGUCCAUGUUGGGCAUCGGCCAGUUCAUGUGAUGGCAAGGACAUUCUUGAUGUUAACCCAAAUGAUAUUUUCAUGGUUUUUUAAAAGAGGACUUUAAAAUUCCCAUUUACUAUUGUCAUCCAAUUAACAAGUCUACUGCCACAGAGGAGAGACAGUCUACAUUUCACAUCAUGCUAAUAAACACCACAAAGCAGACUCAGUUUAUUCCCAGUAAUUUAGGGAAUUUCUCUAUGUUGGGAUUACUUAUCAGAGUAAAACUUUGCAUUUAUAACUUCUAUCUCAGAUUAAGUGAUUUGGUGCUUCUGUAAUAAAUAUCCUUGCUUUCUUCCAUUGUAAAUGCCUGCUUCACAAUUUCUAUGUAUUACAUACACUGCAAGAUGUAUAUUUUACCCAAGAUAUAUUCCUUCUUAAAUCAAUAACAUACUAUGCACAGGUUAUUUUUUUCUUAAAUUCAUUUUUAUUAACCCAGGCAUGUUUUAACUGCACUACUUGGCCACUUUCUUCAGGUAAAGGACAAGUAAUAAUUGAAAGGUAAUUAUUUAUUUCAUAAUCUAGUUGUUAGAAUUUCAAUGUUGCUAUGUGCCUUAUGUUGAAAAAAAAAAGUCUUUCCAAAUUAUUUCUCAAGACAGCAGCAUUAAAGUUACUUUUUUUUCAAGCAAGGAACAUACCAUGUAUUUUUAGUAACAACUCCAGCCAUGAUAGUUCAAUCUGGUACCAAAAAAAACCCAAAACUGCUGUUAAAUGCAAGCAUGUAUAUCAGUUUGCACUGAAUAGAUUCAGUUCUAGCAAAAUAACCAUUUCAUUGUGUAGAAAUUCUUUAAAAUCUGUUUUAGAUCUAUAGUGACUUAAGAUAUACUAUGUUAACUGUAAAUUUCACUUAUUACAGUGAAAGCUAUUUGUUUUUCUCAUAUUUGAGGAGUUUUAAGGUUGAAAUGGUGCACUGUAUAGUUUAUAAUGAACAAAUUAUUUGUAAAAUAUUUUCAGUCUUUCUUUUAAAAUAUUUGCACAUAAUUUGAGUUUUACACAUACUAUUACUGUUUUAAAAAUGAUUUCAGCUGCUUCUAAGCUGGUAUGAGAAGACUUAGCUUAUUUUCGAACAUUAGGCUGUUUCUAUGAUAUAAUGACCUUUACUAUUAGUAAGGCAAAUAAUCACCAUACUAACUUUACUGUCCUCUGGUGAUUUACAAACACCAUCAUUAAAUUGUUUCUCCAUAUUUCCAAUAAAUAUUGUAUAUAAAAAUGGUUUUGACAAAAUUUGUCAUUUCUUUAUAUUUCCAGUCAAAAUUUUGAAUCUGUACAGUACAAUCAAGUGUUGAAAUAAAUUUGUCUAAUACAUUUCAUAAUGUCUUUCCAUCAUGACAUAGUCUGAAAGAUUUAGACCAGUGGUCUAGUUAAUGAUCCAUUUAAACCCAUUUUUUUUUUAAAUAAGUGUUCAUAUAAACCAUUCCUAUUAGCUUGUCUCACAUAGCUUCACUUGUAUAAAUUGUAGGUUUUAAGUUGUGAAGAUAAUGACAAUUAUAUACAAAGUAAAAAAAAAAAUUAAAGCAAUAUUGUAUAGUUUUAUCUAUAUAACUAAAAUUGACAUAAAUAAUAAAAUCACAAUUAACCAAAUAUACCUUUGUCUGUAUGCUAAGUGCCAAAUAGUGAAUGCCUAGUAUACUGCAGGGUUUAUUUUGACAUGGUGUACACUUCUAAGGAGGUGGAUGUGUCUUAUUGGAAUCCUUCCUAUAUACCAGGUUGUUCUGUAACUGCAGAUUUACCAGUGUCCUAAUGUGCCUGAAACAAAGGAUCAUUACUAUGCACAACUAGUGUUUUCAGUGUUACUAAACUUUAGGUAAAUGUUUUCAUGCCUUUUCUCUUUCUGCAAAAUGUUACUGCUUACAUAUACCAUGCAUACAUUUGGUUUGAUGUAGUUUAUAAUACCCCUAUAAAAUCCAGUUGUA